AUGGAUUCGUGGCCGGUGUUCCUAUUACGAAUAAGCAGUCUAUUGCAGUCCUUGGCCUCGUGCAGACAAAAAUUUUCUUUAGCCCUGAGCGUCGAAAUGUCAGUGCGAGAGUAUGAAAGUGACAGCAGCAAUGAAAUUAGGUUUCCUAAAAAACGGCGUAAUGUGGAUAUAUUUUUAUCAUCUGAGGAAGAGGAGGAGACUGUUGGAGAAUGGCAUGACCCGAGGGGCAAUCAGCCUAAGAUUGUGCCAUUUACACAUCCUUCUGGGUUUGUAAGUGAAAACUUGCAUGUAGAAUCAGACAUAUCCGUAGAAACCAGCUAUCUAUUAUUUGUGCCAGAUGAAUUGUUCCUGAAAAUUUCCGAACAAACAAACUUAUAUGCAGCACAGAAAUUAGAAAGUGGACACGCACAUCGCUUGACAAAGUGGACAGAAACAAAUAAGUCUGAAAUAAAGAGAUUUUUUGGACUAAUUCUAUGGAUGGGAUUAGUAAAACUACCAGCUAUACACCAAUAUUGGUCCAAUGAUCCUGCCUAUAUGCAAACUUUCCCGAAAAAAGUAAUGUCAAGGAACAGAUUUGAACUGUUACUAAGAAUGCUACAUUUUGUAGACAAUCAAAACAGUAAUGGUUCCAAUCGUUUAUUCAAAAUACAACCAAUUAUAAACACUUUGGAAACCAAUUAUCAAAAAUAUUACAAUCCAUCCGAGGACAUAUGGAAAAAUUUAGAAAGAGAAAAUACUACGCCCACUAACAUCGUAAUGUCUCUUUGCAGAGAUCUAUUCCAUAAGGGACACACGUUAUACACUGAUAACUGGUACACGAGCCUAGAAUUAGCGGAAAAAUUGAUACACAAAAACACCCAUUUAGUAGGAACAUUGCGUUCAAAUAGACGAGGAAAUUCGCAGCAAGUUAUAUCAACAAAAUUAAAACGAGGAGAAAUAGUAGCGAAAGAAAAUAAUCAAGGAAUAACCAUUUUGAAGUGGAGAGAUAAGAAGGACAUCCUAGUUCUAUCGACAAGGCACUCGUCAGAAAUGGUGAAUGUUCAAUGCCGAUCAGGAAACAAGUUCAAGCCACAAAUUAUAGUAGAUUACAACAGAGAAAAGGCAGCUGUUGAUUUAUCCGACCAAAUGAACUCCUACAACAAUCCGUUACGCAGGUCCACAAAAUGCCAGCUGUUUUUCGCGGCCUAUGUGAAAGGUCAGUGUCACCCAGCGGUGGCAGACACAGCCUAA